CAGGCCGGCCGCCGUCUCUGCAAGCCGCCGUCUCACAUCACCAGCCCUUCCGCGGUCGCAAGCCCAACCUCCUUCGGCGUGAACCUGCGUGCCAGAGGGGUGCACUGAUGCACCCUGCCGCCUGAGGCGGCACAAACGCUCGCAGAGGGUCGCCAGACCGAGUACCACCCAGGGCCCCCCAGCAGCGUACCUGGUUGCCGUGAUGGCUACGCUAGUGCGCAGCCUGGUGGGCGGCAACCAGGGCCAGCAGGAUGGCGACGGCAAGCUGCUGGAGCUGGCAGACCAGCGGGACGAUCAGCCCACGCCCAGCUCUCAGCAGGAGCAGGAGGAGGCCCAGGAGAUGCAGGAGGACGACGGGCUAGCCAGCGUGAUCACGCAGGUGUCGUCGCGGGACCAGCAGAAGGCAGCCCCCCCGCCCGCCGCGCAGUAUGCGGUGCAGCCCGCAGACGACGGCAGCGGGGAGGUGCGGAGCACUUGGAAAAACAAGUUUAGAAGCAUCUUCUGCUGCCUGGCGCCCUCCUCCAACGAGCAGUACGUGCGGCAGGACGAGGGGCCGGUGGUGAUACGCCCCAUAGCGCCGCAGCCGCCCAGCUGGACGGAGCCGGUGCUCGGGCCGCAGCUGGCGCAGGAUUCGGGGAAGAAGACUCUGGUUCUGGACCUGGACGAGACGCUGGUGCACUCCUCCUUCAAGCCGGUGCCGCAGCCCGACUACAUCAUACCGGUGGAGAUCGAGGGGCGCAUCGUGGAUGUGUAUGUGCUCAAGCGGCCCUUUGUCGACCACUUCAUGCGGGCGGUGGGCUCGCGCUUCGAGGUGGUUGUGUUCACGGCCAGCCUGGGCAAGUAUGCCGACCCGCUGCUGGACCUGCUGGACAAGGCCAAUGUGGUGCGGUGGCGCCUCUUCCGGGAGGCCUGCUACCCGUAUGAGGGCUCCUACGUCAAGGACCUUCAGUGCCUGGGCCGCGACCUGGGCCAGACCAUCAUCGUGGACAACUCCCCCCACUCGUACAUGUUCCAGCCCGAGAACGCGCUGCCCAUCGGCACAUUCAUCGACGACAUGCAGGACCAGGUGGGGCGGGGGUAG